AUGUUUGCUGGCGAUUAUCCUCCACCAAAAUACGAAGAAAUUCAUAACACUGAUAAUAGCAAUUCUACUAACACUGAUAUCACUAGUAUUUCUUCAUGUCCUGCACCAUUACCAUCUUUAGCAGCAACAAAUAUAACUAAUACUGAUGAAAAUGUUGCUACUACUACUACUACUACGCCAUUCCGUGUUAAUUUAAUUUCCUCAACUACACCUAUUUUUGGACCAAAUCCAAUUGAAACUGAUUGUCCAUAUUGUCAGGCACAUGUUGUAACAUCAAUACAAAGGAUAGUUGGUGCGCUUCCAUGGAUUGUUAUGGGAAUAUGCUUUCUACUUGGUUUUUUUCUACUUCUUCCAUGGUGCCUUUGUUGUAUUCCGUUCUACCUGGAUAAUUGUCAGGAUGUCAUCCAUUCAUGUCCAUCCUGCAAACGAAACCUUGGACGUUUCACUAGGGUAUAA